UAGACAGGAUGGAGUGCGCUCUCUCAAAUGCGCCCAAAUGGGGGUAAAACGUUUACUGCCAAACCCAAAACAAGUGUCGGGGUUUUCUACCGGCCAUGUACAAUCAACUGGAGUAUAUUGUGAUUACAAUUUGGCGGCGUCUAGUCAGAAAUCCCGUGUAGGAUGUUGGUUUCGGGCGUUUUGGAAUACAAGGUAUAAUGUUUGUACCUUUCUUUAUAGUAGUGGUGAAAUCCACGGAAUAUUCCACAUUGGAACAGCUGACGAUAAUGCCGCACCGAAAAUAUGAACGAGAUAUGAAGAAUUACAAGGAUAAAUAUAAUUAAAUGAAAUGCUUGCUAAUUGACAAAUCAGGCCCACUUCAUUUUAUUCCACAGAUAACGAUCCCGUGCAAGGACUUCUGUCGGUAAAGACAGAGGUUAGACGCCACAAGUGCCUCCAGCACCCCCCUGCUCUCCUUUUCGUCGGUCCCCACGACGUCACCAAUGCGACCAUGGGAAAUAGCAGUGACUAGGCGGCCACCGACAGCCCCCUUGAACCAGAGGAGGUUCCUAGGAGAGCCCUGCAACACCCCAGUGCACCUCAGGAGAAGCCCGCCAGUGAGACGACAGUGGGGGAGUCGAGACCGACCGGUCGCACUGCACGACUCCUCGCUCCAGGAUGAGAACUUCCACCACCCUCUCUUCUCCCAGCAACAUCAGCGGGUUCUUUUAGAUGAGGCCAGACAGUACAGCCACGCCAGUGCCCCGCCACGCAUGCUCCACCCUGCCGCACACCCACCUCGGCAUCAACAGUGCCCCAUCAUGGUGGAUGUACACGACCAGAUGCACCAGGAAUCCGUUCCGAUCUCUUACACUGUUACCACGGUGACGACGCACGGUUUCCCCAUCCACACCGGGCAACCUCUCCCAGGGUGCAACAGUCAGCAGCUCCCAGCAUGCUCGGUAAUGUUCAGCGGACAGCUCUCUCUGCUCUGCUGCCUUCCUCCUCCUCUCAUCCAAGCCUGUACAAUGCAGCAUUUGCCAGUGUCUUACCAAGCUUUCCCACCCCUGAUCUCCAGCGAACAUUUUAUAUUACACCCCAACCCCCCGGGGCCGCCACCCCACCAGCCUCCUCACCUCACUCCUCUCAGCCAGUUCCUCCCUCUCCAGAGGCAGCACCCACGCAUGCCUCUCCAUAGGGUAGAGAAUGAAGUGGACCUCAGGGGGGACCAGCAUCCAUUAGGAACGUUCUCUUACCCUGCCUCGAGUCACCACCACCCAUCAGCGAUGCCUCCCUCUGUCCCCCUCCAGUACCUCCCUCAGGAGCCUCUGCACCAGGAGAUGCCCUCCUUCUCAGUGCCAUACCCCCACAUGCUGCCGCGACGUGUCAGUGGUCACAGGUACCGGUUACAGCAGCCCCUGCCCCCCCCGCCGCCGCCACCACCCUACUACCCAGGCUUCCUGCCCUACUUCCUGUCGAUGCUUCCUGUGCCUCCUACAGCAGUGGGACCAGCCAUCAGUCUGGACCUGGAUGGAGAUGACGUGGAGAUGGAGAACUACGAGGCAUUACUGAACCUGGCUGAAAGGCUGGGAGAGGCUAAACCACGAGGAAUCACCAAGGCAGACAUCGAGCAGCUUCCAUCCUACAGGUUCAACCUCGACAACCAUCAAUCUGAACAAACGCUGUGUGUGGUGUGCUUUAGUGACUUCGAGUGUCGGCAGCUGCUGAGGGUAUUACCCUGCAACCACGAGUUCCACGCCAAGUGUGUCGACAAAUGGUUAAAGACUAAUCGCACUUGUCCAAUUUGCCGGGCGGACGCGUCAGAGGUGCACCGCGAGGUGGAGUGACUGAUACCCAGGCUUUGAGAUCUUUGAUUGGAAAGCAGCACAAAACGAAACCCACUGGAGCCUGUCUGUCUUAGCGCCUGCCUCGGCCUCAACCUGCCCGGGGCCUUCUGCCACCUACCCUGCCUGCUUCCUGCGGCCUCCUGCCACCACUCCUGCCUGCUUCCUGCGGCCUCCUGCCACCUACCCUGCCUGCGGCCUCCUGCCACCUACCCUGCCUGCGGCCUCCUG